GACUUGUUGCCUGUGGUCGUUCUUCCCCACGCCCGCUGACCCCGCUCUUUCAGUGCUCAGUAGCUCAGUACCGGGGGAGAGAGAGAGAGAGAGAGAGAGAGAGGUCUUCCGCCAUUGUUGUUGAUCUCGAGAACUGAUUGAAGCUGCCAGGCAGAAUUGGAGAGUAGAGAGUAGAGAAGAAUAUAGUACGAAUGGAUUGCGUGUACAGAGACCCCAACGAACCCAUAGAGGAGCGAGUAAAAGAACUCCACUCUCGAAUGACUCUGCGCGAGAAGGCCGGUCAGAUGACUCAGAUCGAGCGCCGCGUCGCCUCUCCCUCCGCCCUCUCCCGCCUCUCCAUCGCGUCUACUACUAAUGGGGGAAGGAUUGGACGAUCAGGUGGCCACGUGGCUUCCUAAUAUUCUUUUAGUUUAUUUAUUUUUAUUUUUAUAGUUUUCUAAAAACGCGGGUCCCGCCUCCCCCCAUCACUCCCAGCUGACUUGCUGCCUGUGGUCGUUCUUCCCCACGCCCGCUGACCCCGCUCUUUCAGUGCUCAGUAGCUCAGUACCAGAGGGGGAGAGAGAGAGAGAGAGAGAGAGAGAGGUCUUCCGCCAUUGUUGUUGAUCUCGCGAACUGAUUGAAGCUGCCAGGCAGAAUUGGAGAGUAGAGAAUAGAGAAGAAUAUAGUACGAAUGGAUUGCGUGUACAGAGACCCCAACGAACCCAUAGAGGAGCGUGUAAAAGACCUCCUCUCUCGAAUGACUCUGCGCGAGAAGGCCGGUCAGAUGACUCAGAUCGAGCGCCGCGUCGCCUCUCCCUCCGCCCUCUCCCGCCUCUCCAUCGGGAGCAUUUUGAGUGCGGGGGGGAGUGGGCCGUUCAAUAAGGCGUGGUCGUCGGAUUGGGCGGAUAUGAUCGACGAUUUCCAGCGGGCGGCCCUCGACUCGCGCCUUGGCAUUCCGCUUCUCUACGGGAUCGAUGCGGUUCACGGUAACAACAGCGUGUACGGCGCCACCGUGUUUCCUCACAAUGUAGGGCUUGGUGCCACCAGAGAUGCGGAUUUGGCUCGAAGGAUAGGGGUUGCAACAGCUCUUGAAGUUCGGGCAAGCGGUGUUCACUAUACAUUUGCCCCCUGUGUAGCUGUCUGCAAAGAUCCCAGGUGGGGAAGAUGCUAUGAGAGUUACAGCGAAGACACAGAAAUUGUUAGAAAGAUGAGUUCUAUUAUUACAGGCUUGCAGGGGCAGCCCCCUGAAGGACACCCGAAGGGAUAUCCCUUUGUAGCUGGAAGAAACAAUGUUGUUGCAUGUGCCAAGCAUUUUGUUGGAGACGGGGGUACUGACAGAGGUAUAAACGAGGGAAAUACCAUAACGUCAUAUGAUGAUUUAGAGAGGAUCCAUAUGGCACCUUUUCUAGACUGCAUUUGUCAAAGAGUUUCCACUAUAAUGGCUUCCUAUUCUAGCUGGAAUGGAAGGAAACUGCACUCUGACCAUUUUCUCUUAACAGAAGUUUUGAAAGACAAGCUGGGCUUUAAGGGUUUUGUGAUUUCUGACUGGGAAGGGCUUGACCGACUUUGCGAGCCUCAUGGCUCAGAUUACCGGUAUUGUAUUUCCUCUGCUGUCAGGGCCGGGAUUGACAUGGUGAUGGUGCCUCUCAGAUAUGAAAAGUAUCUCGAGGAUUUGAUAUUUCUGGUGGAAUCAGGGGAUAUACCAAUGACCAGAAUUGAUGAUGCUGUUGAACGGAUCCUUCGAGUGAAAUUCACUGCCGGACUUUUUGAAUAUCCAUUUUCUGAUAGGUCUUUGCUGGAUACAGUUGGCUGCAAGUUGCAUAGAGAACUAGCACGUGAAGCAGUCCGCAAGUCCUUGGUUCUGCUAAAGAAUGGAAAGGAUCCACAGAAACCAUUUCUUCCAUUAGACAGAAGUGCUAAAAGAAUUCUUGUUGCUGGAACACAUGCUGAUGAUCUUGGAUAUCAAUGUGGAGGUUGGACAGGCAAUUGGCAUGGAACCAGUGGCAGAAUUACCAUUGGGACGACCAUCUUGGACGCCAUUAAGGAAGCUGUGGGGGAGAAGACACAAGUGAUUUAUGAGCAAAACCCGUCAGCAGAUACAUUCUCAGGUCAAGAUUUCUCUUUUGCCAUUGUAGUCGUUGGGGAAGGUCCAUAUGCAGAAUUCACUGGUGACAAUUCAGAGCUUGUCAUUCCAUUUAAUGGAGCUGAUGUGAUAAGCACAGUGGCUGACAGAAUUCCCACAUUGGCGAUUUUCAUCUCCGGAAGGCCUUUGGUUUUAGAGCCAUGGCUCUUGGAGAAGAUGGAUGCUCUGAUUGCUGCUUGGCUGCCUGGAAGCGAAGGUGCGGGGAUCACCGAUGUUGUCUUUGGAGAUUAUGACUUCGAAGGGCGCCUUCCCGUCACAUGGUUUAAAACAGUUGAACAACUGCCUUUGCGUGUAGGAGAGAAUUCUUACGAUCCCCUUUUCCCCCUUGGAUUUGGUUUGACAUGCAAUAAGAAGCAGCCUUUGAAUUGAUUAGCCCUGAUGACCAGUACUUGUCAACAGUUUGAAUUUCUUGAAAUGGGGAAGAAGUAAUUGUAAUAAAUUUCAUCUUUUAAAAUCUUUUAUCUAUUCUUAUUCUUGCGUGUACAAGUUCGCCUCAUUUUGUGCUUCUUCUAUGAGUUCACUUCAUGUUGGCCACUCUGAUAUGGUUACUAUUUUCCCUUUUAUAAGAUGAUUUGGGAUUACUUUA